AUGGCUCCAAUAAAUGUCUUGAACGUCGCAGAGAAGCCAUCGGUUGCGUCUGCAAUCGCUAACAUUUUGAGCAGGGGGAAAAUGGAAAAAAAAAAAAGUUGCAGCAAAUAUAAUCCAGUGUUUACCUUCAACUACCAGAGGGAGCACGAAACAUGGUCUAUGUAUGUGACCUCCGUGACUGGGCAUUUAACGGAGCAGAAGUUUGAUGACAAAUAUCGAAACUGGGUAAACACAGACCCACAGGUCCUGUUCGACGCAGAAAUUACUAUUUACGUUGAAAAUGAUAAGAAGACAAUAGAAAAUAAUUUAAAAAGAUAUUCUAAGUUUUGCAACGUGUUAAUUUUAUGGCUGGAUUGUGAUAGAGAAGGAGAGCAUAUCUGCUUUGAAGUGAUAAACACGUGUUUUGUUAUGAACAGAGAUAUAAGAAUUAAGCGGGCACAAUUUUCAGCUGUAACAGAGAGGGACAUUAUUCAUGCCAUUAACAAUUUGAAAUACCCCAAUAGGAAUUUAGCUCACAGUGUAGAUGUACGCAGAGAAAUUGAUCUAAGGAUGGGUUCUAUUUUUACUAGGUUCCUCACCAUUAGGUAUGUCCACUUAAUUCAGACACGGACAAGCAUUAUUAGUUAUGGCCCCUGCCAGUUCCCCACUCUGGGAUUUGUCGUAAAUAGAUAUAUGGACAUAAAAAAUUUCGUAAAUGAGUACUACUGGUCGAUCAAGAUGCAGUACUUGUGCGAAGGGGGGGAAGGCAAAUCAGGUGAUGAAUCAGAAGGGAGUACCUCAUUGGGUGGGAAAAGAAAAUGGAAGAAGAAAAAAAAAAAAAAGGGAAAAAAGGAAGGCACGAAUCAAAACACGAUCGCCGAUUUUAUGUGGUCCAGGUUGAGGUUGUAUGAUCACCUGGCUGUGGUGCUAAUUUAUGAGGAGCUGCUAAAGAACCCUCUAUGCAGGAUAACAAAUAUAUACCAGAACGAAGUGAAGAAGUACCGCCCCCUUCCACUGAACACCCUCCAAAUGACCAAGUUGGUGUCCAAGCAUUUUCAUAUAUCCUCCAAGCAGUGCAUGAAUAUUGCGGAAAAGUUGUAUAAUAAAGGGUUCAUUAGCUACCCCAGGACAGAAACGAAUUUCUUCCCCAGCAGUAUGAAUUUACGAAGCAUUGUAUCGGAGCUGAAAAAAAAUAAGGUUUUCGGAUCCUAUGCCAAUAAAUUAUGUCAAGGGAACAAUUUUAAAGAGCCCAGAAAAGGGAAGCUAAAUGAUAAAGCACACCCACCUAUACAUCCUGUUAAAAAUAUGCACAAGACAGAUGGGGUAGAAGAGAAAGAAUGGAUCAUUUAUGAAUUUAUCUGUAGACAUUUCUUAGCUGUAUGUAGUGAGGAUGCAAUUGGAUUUAACAGCAAAGUGGUUGCCACGAUUGGGAGGGAGGAAUUCUUUUGUAAAGGAUUAAAAAUUGUAAAAAAAAAUUACCUAGAAAUUUAUAUAUACGAAAAAUGGAAUGAUAAAAUUAUUCCGCCUUUUGAAGUGAACCAAGAGUUCCAUCCGUAUAGCUUGUUAGUGGAGGAAGGAAUCACACAGCCUCCGAAAUACCUGUCCGAAUCUGACUUACUGUCCCUCAUGGAUAAGUACGGAAUAGGGACAGAUGCGACUAUGCAUGAACAUAUAGAAAAUAUCCAGAAAAGAAAUUACGUCUUUAAGAAUAGUAAAAAUUUGUUCAUUCCGACCAACUUGGGGAUCGCUCUUGUGUUGUCGUAUAAGAAAUUUAAGGACAUCGGGAUUGACCUGACGGAUCCUUCGCUUCGUGCAAAAAUGGAAAAGGAUAUGACUUUAGUUGCGUCUGGUACCAAGGAUAAGGACGAAACGAUACGCAACUACAUAGACAUAAUGAAGUAUAUUUAUCAGGAGAUGUUCAACCGGAUAGAUCUCCUCGACGAGCAGAUUAAGUAUUACUUACAUAGUGCCGCAGGAGUGGGGCACUGCUAA